AGCGGCAGAGGAUCCCUGCAGUCAGUGGCUCUGCCUCCACUGGCUCUCACGCACACUCCACUGGCUCUCACGCAGCCUCCACCAGCAGGUACCAUGAAGGUCUCCGCAGCCACCUUUGCAGUCCUCCUCGCCACUGCCGCCUUCUGCGCUCCUGCCUCUGCCUCCCCAUAUGCCUCGGACACCACACCCUGCUGCUUUGCCUACAUCUCCCGCCGACUGCCCUUCACCCACAUCCAGGAGUAUUUCUACACCAGCAGCAAGUGCUCCAUGCCAGCGGUUGUCUUUGUCACUCGAAAGCACCGCCAGGUGUGUGCCGAUCCACAGAAGAAAUGGGUGCGGGACCACAUCAACUCCUUGGAGAUGAGUUAGGAUGGAAGGCGUCUUGAACCUGAACUCAUGCAGACUUCCCUAGUGCUUCUUGUUUGUGCCCUAAACCAGCUUGGGAGACGCCCCCCAAGCCCCUACUCCCACCCCCUCCUGGGAGGGCACAGAUUCCACCAGCCAGCAGCAGCUGUAAAA